GCUUUUUAAAAGUAUUUCAAUUUAUUGAAUGGGUCUGUACAGUAAUGGGACUCCAGAAAAGAAUUUUUCCCUUCAACUGUAGUGAUGCAUCCUCGUAAAUACACAAUCUUCGCCGCUCUGCUCACCGCCAUUCAGUUCCGCCCAGAAAGGAAAUGACGCCGGUUGCAGAAGAUGGAGUCCGUAAAUCCUGUGGGCUGCCGUGGUUCUGUAGCCGUCUAAUUUAGAGCCGUGUAGGGGGUCCUUCCGUCCGUCAAAUGGAUUACCGUCGGAAUCCGGCAGUUCGCCGCUGCCCUCCUCUCUCCUGAACCCGGAGCUGAACCCCUAACUUCAUGUCCGACGGAGCCAGAGCUGCCUGGUCGAAGAGGGGUUGUGGGGAUUCGCACCGCCGAGAACCGGGGAAACAUAAACACAGGAAAUGCGAGCGGGCCCUUAGCGCUCAGCCGUCACAGCCUGUGAUCAUUCGCCCGGGCUCCAAAAGGUGUGUUAUGUCGGGGGGAGAUGUGGAGGUAUACCUGUCCCAGGUGCACGAUGGGAGCGUGUCAUCGGGUUUCCGUGCGCUGUACGAGGAGCGUCUGCUGCUGGAUGUCACGCUGAUGAUAGAGGAACACCACUUCCAGGCCCACAAGGCGCUGCUGGCCACCCAGAGCGACUACUUCCGGGUCAUGUUCACAGCUGACAUGAGGGAGCGGGACCAGGAUAAGAUCCACAUGAAAGGGCUGACAGCUGCUGGCUUCGGCCACAUUCUCAGAUUCAUGUAUUACGGUUCUCUGGAGCUCAGUAUGCCCACCGUGCAGGAGAUCCUGCAGGCGGCCAUGUAUGUCCAGCUGACGGAGGCAGUGGAGUUCUGCUGCUCCUUCCUGUUGGCUAAGAUCUGUCUGGAGAACUGUGCCGAGGUCAUGCGCCUCCUGGAGGACUUCAGCGUCGGCGUGGAGGGCGUCCAGGAGCAGCUUGACAACUUCCUCCUCGAAAACUUUGUCCCUCUGAUGAGCCGGUCCGACUUCCUGUCCUACCUCAGCCUGGAGAGACUCCAGGCCUACCUGAACAGCGAUGCUCUGAGUCGCUACCCAGAAAUCGAGCUGUACGAGGCUGUCCAGGGGUGGCUGAGACACGACCGGCGGCGCUGGAGGCAUACGGACACCAUCGUGCAGUCCAUCCGGUUCUGUCUCAUGACUCCUGCAGACAUCUUUGAGAAGGUGAAAACAUCAGAGUUCUACCGUUACUCCAGACAACUGAGGCAGGAGGUGGAUCAGGCCCUCAGCUAUUUCCAUGAUGUCAACCAGCAGCCUCUGAUGGAGACGCGAUCCAACCGGAUUCGCUCUGUCCGCCCGCAGACCGCCGUCUUCAGGGGGAUGAUCGGCCACAGCAUGGUGAACAGCAAGAUCCUGCUGCUGCAGCGUCCGAAGGUGUGGUGGGAACUGGAGGGUCCUCAGGUGCCGCUCAGACCGGACUGCUUGGCCAUCGUCAAUAACUUUGCCUUCCUGCUGGGCGGCGAGGAGCUGGGGCCUGACGGGGAGUUUCACGCCUCCUCCAAAGUUUAUCGCUACGACCCUCGGCAGAACUCGUGGCUUCGCAUGGCGGACAUGUCUGUUCCCAGGUCAGAGUUCGCUGUCGGAGUCAUCGGGAAGUUCAUUUACGCAGUGGCAGGCCGCACCCGAGACGAGACGUUCUACUCCACAGAACGCUACGACAUCACAGAGGACCGCUGGGAGUUUGUGGAUCCGUAUCCUGUAAACAAGUACGGCCAUGAGGGGACCGUCCUAAACGGCAAACUGUACAUCACAGGUGGGAUCACGUCCUCCUCCACCUCCAAGCAGGUGUGUGUGUUCGAUCCGGGUCGGGAGGCAGGCGGAGGUGGAGGUGGAGGCGGCUCGGACUCUCACAGGACACGCACAGCACGUGGCCCGCUGCUGCCGGGCACCCAUGCCAGCUGCUGGGAGAACAAAUCCAAAAUGAACUACGCGCGCUGCUUCCACAAGAUGAUCUCCCACAACGGGAAGCUGUACGUGUUCGGAGGGGUGUGUGUGAUCCUGCGGGCGUCCUUCGAGUCGCAGGGCUGCCCGUCCACUGAGGUGUACGACCCGGAGACGGACGAGUGGACCAUCCUUGCCUCCAUGCCCAUCGGGCGCAGCGGCCACGGGGUGGCAGUGUUGGACAGGCAGAUCAUGGUGCUGGGCGGUCUGUGCUACAACGGCCACUACAGUGACUCCAUCCUCACCUUCGACCCCGACGAGAACAAGUGGAAGGAGGACGAGUAUCCCAGGAUGCCUUGCAAACUGGACGGUCUGCAGGUGUGCAGCCUGCACUUCCCAGAGUAUGUGCUGGAGCACGUCAGACGCUGCAGCUGAGGUCUGCUUCUCGCCACGGUUCGUUUUAUACAGACAGACUGUUCAAGGACUGAGGUGUCCUGCUGGGGAAAUCAGGUGUUUCCAGGUGGGCGACCCCUGAUCUUUUAAACUAGAGACCAGCACUUACCGUAAGGUGAGGAAUAGGUGGCUGGGGCCAUAGAGUCGCUCUUUCUUAUCGAUGAAGGUGGCCGACUUGUGGCUUGAUGAGGCAUCUCAUGUAACCAGUCAGCGCCCACAUUUUCAGAAUUACCUUUCUCAGAAAAUUAAAGAAAAAAUGAUGUCAGGGCGAAAACAAAAAAAAGAUUUAAUUCUGCUGGUUCAUGUUUGGACUGUGUCUAUACUCACCUGUUAUAUUUAGACCACCUGGUCAGGCUUGCUGCAGAAACGCACUGGAAGCGGCUGAGUCCAGCUUCGGCAGCAAAUUCACAAAUCACAGAAAUGUGUUUAACGAAUCCCACUCGGGAUGGGUUUCUCCGCUCGCUUCCAGAGGCUCGUACAUGAAGAUUUUUUUAAAAUAGGUUAGCAGAAAUAUUACCACUAUUUUAAAUCCCUGCAAAAUACCUAAUAGCUAAAUUAAUCAGAUAUACAACAAAAAUAACACUAUAUUCUGUAGUGUAGUUGAUUGUAUAAUCUGUCUCCAAAUAUAAAGUACAGUCAGUAGGAAACCAUGGAAGACAUACAGCAGAUGCAUCAAAUCCUGCCACCAGCUUUAAACUCGCACAUUAUCAACUCAUACGGUUUCGUUUUUGCUUCCAGUGCGUUCCAGCUUUCAAUCCCAGUUCUUCUCUUUGAUUUCAGAUAUCCACCUUACUGUGUUCAUCUAACACUGCAUCACCGUGUCUUUCUACGCUCCCCUGCUGCCUUCUGUGAAACGGCUUGAAAGUAAAUGUGUGUAUUUAUGAGGGAACCAUUACACGGUACAUCAUACAUGACUUGAUCAUACUUGAUUUACUGAUACUCCUGUCUAUGAUGAGGUUAAGGAGCUGCGCUGCUGUACCUUUGGUUUUGUUUACAUUCCCUGCACUUUAUCGGUUCUUAAUGUGAGUAUAAAAAGUGUAACCUACACUGUAUCGCUGGAGGAGUUUCACUGCAUCUGAAAUUACUUCCUGAUGGGUGGAAAUGAAGUAAAAUGUACCCAGUUUAAAAUAAAAUGAUGGGUUUUGGGCAUUUUAAUAAAUCUAGACCUCAUUCAAGAACAUUUUCUUUCUGCAGAAUUUGAAGAUUUAUUUUCCACCUGACUAUUAGUGGAAAAUAAAGUUAUGUUUUAAUCUGGAGCUAGAAAUGGUGACACACCAGCAAUUGGGAUUUUUCUGUACUAGAACAUUUUAAAGGUCUUCGGUUUUUUCCGACCCAUCCUUUAAACCUAAAGUAUCUGUCAUUCCCACACAUAAUCUAUUCUCACACCAUUAUUAUAAUGCUAGAUAGAUGUCCAUAUAAUUUUGCUGCUAGAUACAUUUUGAUGGUGUUUUGUAACAGAAACUGAACUGGUGAUGACUCAAUGCUAAGAUAUUGCCUGCAGUCUGCUAAAAAACAUCAGCUGAUCUCACUUGGUUAACUUGUUUCAUGUUUGCUUAGCAAAAUUAAUUACAGAAAAACCAAAAUGUCUACAGGUUACUAAAACAAUUUUAUUGACCCUAGUAUUAAUGACUAAAAUAUGUAAGUUCCAGAAAACAACAAAAUCAGUAGGUAAAGUUAGCUUUGGUUUAUGCUAACUGCAGCUAAUUUAGCAGUUAGAUUUCACUUGAUUUGACAUAAAUGUAACAAUUUUACCUGAUGUCUUGUUUAAUUAUGUCAAAUAAUUGAAAAACAAAUUCAGCUUAAUUUUCAAUUAUGGAUAAUAAAUAGAAGCACACAAAAUGCUAAAGUUAGCUUUAGCUUAUGGUCGCUGCAACUAUCUUAGCAGCUAGCUUUAACAAACUUGUCUAGUUUAGUUGUUUUUUGUCAGAGAUUGUGUGUUCAUUAUUUACAACUUAAAAUAAAUAUACUAUAAAUUUGAAAACUGAAUACAGUUGAAUAACAAUAUUACAUGAGAACACAAAAAAGAUGGUGUGAGUACAAAAGUUAGCCUGUGAUAAACGUUUUUUAAUUUCUUUUUCGCUAUAAACUGCUUCAACUGCUUUCCAACUGCUGCAAUUGUGUGUAAGAAAAACCUAGAUCAUUUUCAUUCAGUGAAGGUAUAAAUAAAGGCAGAUAAUCAGUGGAUAAACCUAGCUUUAGCUUAUGCCAAGUUAGCUUCCACUUGAUUUGGCAUACAAAAUGUAACAGAUUUUAUCUAGCUUCUUAUGCUAUUGCACAGGAUGACUUAAAAAUGCUGAUUUAAUAAUAUAAUGAUAUCUUAUGGUAAAGCUGGCUAUAUUUUAGGCUAGCCAGAGCUACCUUUCACUUGAUUUGGCCUACAAAUUUUAUUUCUCCACCGUUUGUUCUCAAAAUAUAAUAUUAUGUGUUUAUAUUUUUCAAAAAAGGUUAAGUGUAAGUGUAGUUAAAUACCAGUAUUGCAUCACUGCCAAAAUAAUUCAGAUGAAAUUGGCCUUGGUUAGAAAUGUUUGCAUGAGAUUCGUAUUAUUUCUUAGCCAGCAAUACCCAUUUCAACUGUUCUUGCAUAAUUAUGUGAAAUUGCAAAACAAGAUAAUUUUCACGUAGUUACAGAUAAUGGCAGCAUAAAAUGCUAAAAUUAGCUUUAGCUUGGACUGACUGAACCUGUCAGCAGCUACCUUUUACUUGAUUCAGCAUGAAAACCAUAACUUAUCCAGUUGUUUAAUACUAAAAUAGAUCGUGUUGAUAAAAUACACUUUAUGAAAUAUGAAAUGGUAAUUGUUUGAAGUUUAUCCUUUAACAAAAAGAAAGCAUUUAAAAGUUAAUAAACAAUCAAAUAAGUAAACAAGUUUUAAUACUUCACCAUUAUUAAUUGUUGUUGCUGUGAUUAACUUUAAUAUUUUGUGAAAUAAUAAAAUGACAUUUUCUGAUUUUAGUAAAAAUCACUUAUUAAAAUUAGCUUCAGCCUUGGCUAACCAAAACUAGCUAGCUUGAUAUUAGCUUCUCUCAUUUAUUUGAAAUAAAACCACUUUUAGCUGGCGAUUAGUUUAUCAUCUUUCAUCAUAAAUUUUAGUUAUCUUGUUAGCAUUUUGGAUACAGCUGCUCUCAUUUGUACCAAAAUAGACAAGUGAAAACAACCAAAACAUCAGUUUAUGAAGAAAAAACUAGGUUUGGCUGUAGUUUAGUUGAAGGAUAACACUGAAGGGUUUGUUUUGCAAGUCUUGCAAUUAUUUUAAUUGCUUAUUUCAACUUGUUUCUACAAAGUGUUCUUGUUUGAGGUCCAUUGGUAAUUUACCUCUGCUAAAUAAUUACCAGCCUUUGUUUGAACAGAUUCUGUAGGUUUCUACUGACUGAGUGCUGAUUUAAUUUUAGACAGGUAGAAGCAACCUGCAGCGGUUUUAAACCCGCGGCUGUCUUAAAAUAAAGCUUGCACCUUCCAGCAGCCCCAUAACCUUGAUCCAACAGGCCACGUAGCUGUUUGAUGACCAGCUUUCUUUAAUGUUAUUUUGAGCUAACUGUGAAAAGGGCUAGAGCAAAUAACGAUGCAGUCUCGUCUGCCGCGUAUUUAUUUAUUUUAUGAGGUAGUGCUUUUCACUGAGCUAUGCAGUAACAGUAUUAGGAAUGUUUAUUAUGCGAAUUUCAUUGACAGCCCAGUUUUUUUUCAAAUAUUUUCUUACUUUGUCUUCUGUCCUUUGCCGUUUGUCUCCAUCCCUGCAGCAGCAGUGCUUGACUUACAAGUGGAUCCAGUUUUUUUUUUGUUUUUUUUGAGGGGUCAGUAAAGUCAGCAAAAUGGAAAUGCAUAAAUGCAGACAUUUCAAAUCAUACUUUAUUUGCUCAAGUCUGUCUUGAUGUGAGUUAAAAUAUAUAAGGAAAUUGGAAGCAAGCAUUCUCUGGUUCGGAACAUUUCAAAUUAUUUCUAUGGUGCAUUUAUUUUUAUGAAAACAAGCCUGAGCAUUUCAUCCCUAUACAUUUCCUCUGCUCACAUUCAGCUGAUUUUAAUAAACAUCACAUGAACUAUGUCGCCGUUUGCCUGUCGCUCUUCUCCGAUAUUGCUGUUUUGAAGAAGAAACUUGUAAUCAAUGAAGUACAACUGUCCCUAUCUGAGGUACACGCAGUCAUAGCACAGCAUCCUUUAGUCCACCAGUCUCCAGUCUGUCAGUAGGAAAACAGAAUAGAGGAUGAUUAAAAAAAGAAACUUACCUUGCUUAUUUGACUGUAUCGGAGAAAAAGAAAGAUAAAUCUGAAUAACAUAUCUUACUCUGAGUAGAAUCUCUUUGGAAAUGAUUUGUAACUCCUUUCCAGAAAUAAAUGUUCAUACUGGUCAACCUUCA